AUGGCCCAACGCAUCGUGUCAAAGCUCCAUAGACGCACCAGGAAGACUGCCAGCGAUGUUUACGCACCGCUCGAUGUCAAGUCGUGUACGAUUCGGCUCCUGCACCUUCAGCCUGGUGCCUGGGAGGACAAUAUUCGCGCAGAACUUCGGGCAACCUCCAUAGAGCAGGCUCGAGGCCAGUAUAUCACUAUUUCCUACAACUGGGGUCUUGAAGGCGUCGCUCGUCGAGUUUUAAUAACAUGCAACGGGAAACUUCUUUCUAUUACCGAGAACCUUGCCACGGCUCUGCGCAAACUUCGACGGCCAGACCAUGCGAUACAGCUCUGGGCCGAUGCGUUGUGUAUUAACCAGAGAAAUCUCUCGGAGCGCACUCAACAAGUUGGCAUGAUGGGUGAAAUAUACAGGAACAGUCUUGAGACGAUCAUAUGGCUUGGCGAGCCAGCGCUUGGUGAAGAUGUUGGCUCCCGCUUUCUACGGGGCUAUGCUUCUCAAAUAGCAUGGAAGGGUGAUUCAAGAGACAACCACCUAAGGUACGAAUACAUGCUCGAUUUCGAGCGUUCAUGCACAACAGCGCCGAUGAUCGCAUUUGAAGGCUCCUCAGCGACACAUACAGGGCCAGAUAUCUUCGGUGCGUUUUGUUUAAUCCAGGACUUUGCCGAAGGCAACAAGCGUCCUCUGCUCAAAUUACUGGAUCGCUACAACGCCACGAUAUCUGAACGAAUAGAGUACCCCAAGAGGCAUGGGUUAAUAGCCACAAACGCUCGUUGGCAUGGGUCUAGGUCUCUUAGAGUAUGGAAAGGUCUUGAGAAAUUGAUGAGUAGGGCUUGGUGGCAGCGCAUUUGGGUCAUCCAAGAAACUGUGCUCUCUAAAAACGCCACAGUACACUACGGCAUGCUUUCAGCACCCUGGUCGAUGUUCGCUAGUGCCGCUAUUAACUAUGUCCAACAUCGUCACAGGUUGUGUUUGGACUUAGCUGGCACGCGACAUGAGCAAGGCAUCUUGGAUCAGUUCAGCGAUUUCGUGCUUCGAAUCGAGGAGACAAGACGCUGUCACUACAGUAACUUAAACAACGCGACGUUGCUGGAUCUACUGUGGAAGUUCCGACCCCUACAAGCGACUGACGAACGAGAUAAGGUCUUCGCGCUUCUCGGGCUGACUACGGAUUGGCAAAAUCUACCAGCGUUGAUUCCCGAUUACAGCAAUGAUGCUGCGGUAACGUUUACGCAAACUACAUGGAGCAACCUACAAAGAGCAGGAUCACUCUCAGUUCUCGCGGGAGAUCUUGAAGCUGUCCUAAAUCGUAAAAGGCUUGCAGGCCUUCCUUCCUGGGUCAUGGACUGGUCGCUGCCAUGCCUCUCGACGGAAGUAGAAAGAGUUGGCUCAUUACAUAUGUACAACGCAAGCGGCACCCAUGAAGGCUCAGUUGGUUACCACCCAGUGAAUCAGGCACUUGAGGUCGAAGCUGUCUAUAUCGACCGUGUUUCUACUAUCGGCGAGGUUAGUCGACACACACAGAUCAGCGAUACAUGUGCCGUGAUUCGGACCUGGAAAUUACUCACUAAGCGUCUUGAGCAAGCAGAUAUAAGGUAUCCUACUGGCGAGCUUUGUGAGGAUGUCUUCUGGCGAACACUCACUGGAGACCUAAUACGUACGAAUACUGUUCCGAAUGCACGUGGGAUGGAGGCUUGUUACCGUCGAGCUACAAAAGAUGAUUAUGAAGCUUUCAGGGCGUGGAGUAUGUGGGCUCGAUGCAUCUCGCGAGACACGUUCUCUCGUACAGCAUCAUUCUCACAGCGUGACCUCAACGAAGGCAUAUCUGGCAUCCAUCACGCUCUCAAGACUGCGACAGCUUCCCGCCGCUUCUUUCUUACGAGUGCUGGGUACAUGGGCAUCGGUCCAAAAACGACCGUCGAAGGCGAUAGGGUAUAUGUGUUCAUGGGUAGCAGAGUUCCGUUCAUAGUCCGUGGAGAUGGACCAGUUGCCGCAUUUGAGAAUGGAGACGCUUCUACUUAUAUCGGUGCGUCUGUGGAGAACGGAUCUCAGUUAAUAGGCGAUUGCUUCGUUUACGGGUUGAUGGAUGGUGAGGCUUUCACCCAAGGGUCGGCGCGGAUCGGGAAACUCAAUCUAGUCUGA